GUUAUGUCUGCUUCACAAACCAUAAUCAGUCAUUUCAAAUUCUAAAACAGAGAGAUAUUAGAUCAAAUUUAAGGGAUUAAGAACCGUACGUAAUGCCUUUCGGUUUAGUCUCAGCAUGGAACAAGCGCAGAAGGUCCAAAUCCUAUGACCACACAGACCCUUGGACUUAUAAGCCAGUGGAGUUCUGGCAACUCAAUGAUCAAACACCUCAACAAACGAAAAGGCACCAUCAUGGCUCUUCAGUGUUUACACUCAAAGAAAUGGAAGAGGCAACAUUUUCAUUCAGUGACAAGAACUUUCUUGGGAAAGGAGGAUUUGGCCGCGUAUAUAGAGGAACUUUGCGCUCAGGAGAGGUUGUAGCAAUUAAAAAGAUGGAGCUGCCUCCCUUUAAAGCAGCUGACGGAGAACGAGAAUUUCGGGUAGAAGUAGACAUCUUGAGCAGACUUGAUCACCCAAAUUUGGUUUCUUUGAUAGGCUAUUGUGCUGAUGGCAAGCACCGGUUUUUGGUAUAUGAAUACCUGCAGAAAGGGAACCUGCAAGAUCACUUAAAUGGAAUUAAUGAGAAACACAAAAUGGGUUGGCCUCAAAGGCUCAGAGUGGCACUUGGAGCAGCAAGGGGCUUAGCAUAUCUACAUUCGAGUUCAACUCCUAUUGUUCACAGAGAUUUCAAAUCCACCAACAUUCUUUUAGAUGCCAACUUUGAAGCAAAAAUAUCCGAUUUUGGGCUUGCCAAGUUGAUGCCAGAGGGAAAGGAAAUGUAUGUGACUGCUAGAGUACUUGGCACAUUCGGCUAUUUUGAUCCGGAGUAUACAUCGACAGGAAAACUCACUUUACAGAGUGAUGUUUAUGCAUUUGGAGUGGUUCUUCUUGAACUUCUGACCGGACGUCAAGCCCUGGACCUAAACCAAGGACCAAAUGAUCAAAAUCUUGUACUACAGGUAAAGCACAUAUUAAAUGAUCGGAAGAAGCUGCGUAAGGUCAUUGAUCCUGAGCUGGGUCGAAGUUCAUACACCAUGGAAUCUAUAGUUAUGUUUGCAAACCUGGCAUCACGAUGUGUGCGUCCUGACAGCAGUGAAAGACCCUCCAUGGCUGAAUGUGUAAAAGAACUGCAGUUGAUUAUCAUUACAAAUGCAAAAGGCUUGUGAGUGGCCGCCUAAAGUACACACGUACUAAUUGCAGGGUGGAGACUGUACAGACAUAAUGGAGAUCCUUUACUUCAUCUAAUAAAAGAGUUCUUGAAUCUUCAAAACUUGUGGACCUAUGAUCCUAAAAACAAGACUCCAGAAGAGCAUUUGAUAAGGAUUCAGAAGAACUAUAAUGCAGUGAAUUAUCAGACAGUAAAUAAGAUCACACUGAACUUGGUUUUCUUGUACAAGAUCAAGAGAUCUAGUAAGUAAACAAAUAAUAGAUGAUGUAAGAUGUGGAAAAUCACUUUCUUGUAUCAUUCUCUUAUUGUUUUUGUAACCUUUCCUUUUAUAAGUUAUACACUGUUAAAAAAGAGAAUAAUAUAUUAGUGCUCUAUAUACAGGUUCUCUUGUUGAGUUUAUAAAGCCAAAUAGGUGAUUAUAUGACUACUUCAAGAAAAAAAGCAUAUCGCUAUUACAGUGAUCCCAGGACACUAAUUGAAGAAACUUCAAGCCUCUAGCACCAAAGCUAGAAAACAGAAGGGAGGGAAGGUGGGAAUUCAUUGAGGAAACAAUAUUGAGAACUCUAGGAAGAGUACAAUUAUUCAACAUUCAAAUAUAUCUUUUUGACCAUUUACAGAUCUAACAAGUUAAAGGACAGAGUUGAUUAAAUGAUACCCAAUUCCAAUUAUAGUUUGUAUUAGAAUAGAAGCUCAGGAGUCAGGACAACAAUUUUUGAUAUUAAAAUAUAUACAAUAUCUGAAACACAUGUAUCAGAAUAGGACUGGAAUAGCCAAAUAAAAUGUAUGUUUGCAAUAGCAUCAGGACUACAGACCAUGUACAUAAAACGGAAAAUGCCUGAUAAGAUUACCUGCAACAAAACAAGUCUCUACCAUACGUGUACACAAAGCAAGCACAACUUGCUGGAACAUAGGGUCAAGCAGCCUCUAGCCAAACUUCAAUCAGCUCGAUAAUCUUCACCCCCUCAAAGGUCUGUGACAAGCUAUCCU